AUGGGAGUUGUAGGUAACUCCUCAACAAAAGUUGUUCCUUCUCCAGAUAGACUAUCAAGCACAAUCCUACCUUGUGGCGUUUCCCACGUAUCGUCGCGUAACACGAACUCCCAUUUUAAUUGGGUGGUGACUGCCGAACUUGGCACAGUGCCAAGAGAUGUGGCCGCAAGAGGCAAGCCUCCACACUUGCUUUCAAUAACACUCCUUAUUUCAUCUGGGAUAUUAAAACUCGGGACGGCUAUUUGUUCGACCAAUCCGCAGCAGUCAUGGUCGGAUAGGAACCCCGCUUAUGAGCAGGCAAUCGAUGAUACUUUCGAGCUUCUUGUGGUCACAAUGACAAAGCUGCCAUAUGCAGUUGAUUCCAAUGGCAGCACAAGGUUUUCGAAACUCUUCACGCACGUUCAUUAUCGAACUGAUAUAACGCGUGCAUGCUUGCUUACGGAGGAACAUCUCUCCAGGACAAAUGUCCAGAAGCCCGAGCCCAAUCCUGUUUCAAAGCCCGUCACGAACUGCGACAUUGGGACUCUUUGUUUUCUCACUUCGGCUUUGCUUUGA